UAGGCAGCUCGGCUUAAUGGGCGCCUUGCAAACAGAGGAGGAAGUGAAGAAGUGUGUGACAGAGGAGCGGAGGAGUACAGCUGCACUUCUCAGCGCACAGGACAGCAGAAAGAAAAGUGACGGUCUUUUGACCCGGGAUAUUAUUGAAUAAGAAGGCUGGCGGUGUUUGUAAGUUCACCUCACGCAGACUCCUCCAAUGUUGUAAAAGCCCAGUAUAUCAGACAGAGGACGCCAUGUCUGACAACCAGUCAGACAGCUGCCUGGGCGACCAGGACCCACUAAUUCUGGAGAACCGCUUCUCCAUAGAACUUCAUAUAUCUGAGCCAGGCGAUGAUUGCUGCCAGCCACAAAGCUCCCCCACACCCCAAUGUGAAACACCCCAGGAAGAUGUAGUAGACAGGAUGGUGAUGCCUCAGCAGGUGGUUCUGAGCACCCAGAGUCCUGCAGCGUUUAAGGCUGGCACCCAACAGCUCAUCCCCAAGAAUUUAGCUGUGGCUAGCCGGCCAAAGCACCGCCACCACACCACUGUGGUGACCUUCCCAGUGGGACUGGAGAACUCCAAUAGUGGGGCUCGGAUACGUCAUUCAACCCAGGGCCCAGAUGUGUCCUGGGAGGAUUAUGACAGUGAUGGAGACGGCUUUGCUUUGAGGAGGAACCGCAGGAACAAGUCGUACAGAGCGGCUGUGACCAGUCUGGAUAUAGAAGCCAUGGCAACGGGACGAGAGGCUGCAGCCACACUGAAACCUGUCAAAGAAGAUAGAACACCCAGUCCUGGUCCAGCUCGCAGCCCUAGACGCAAGCGCACCCUGGGAAGGAAGAGGAACCAGAAGCAACGUGGGUCAUUCAAAGAUGCCACACCGCGCCUCUACCAGGAGAUCCGUGAGCGAGGCUUGCACUCCACCAAUCAGGAUGAGAUGUUGGAUGACUUUGUGGUGGUGGAUCCUCCUGUGGAGGACCAGGGCAUCGUGGUGAAGAGCUACCGGCCUGCACAGCUCACCUGGAGCCAGCUGCCGCAGGUGAAGGACACAGAUAUACUGACAAUGAUCUCACCUCAGGAGAGAAAGAGACAAGAGGCCAUUUUUGAGAUUAUGACCUCAGAGCAUUCGUACCUGCACAGCCUGGGCAUCCUGGUGCGUCACUUCAAGAGCAAUGAAGCUCUGAGGAAGACUAUGACGGCCACAGAGCACCAUCACCUCUUCUCCAACAUCUCUGUCAUCCAGCGAGUCAGCCAACGUUUUUUUGAGGACCUUGAACGGCGUCACUAUGACAAUCCAGUGAUCCGGGACAUUAGCGAUAUUGUUCAGAACCACGCUGCCCACCACUUUGAGCCCUACAUCGUGUACUGCUCCAACGAGACCUUCCAGCAGAGGACGCUGCAGAAACUGCUGACCAGCAACGCUGCAUUUAAAGAGACCCUGAAGCAAAUUGAGGGGAGCAGUGAAUGUGGAGGCCUGCCGAUGCUAUCUUUCCUCAUCCUUCCCAUGCAGCGAGUCACCAGGCUGCCACUCCUGCUGGAUACAAUCUGCCAGAAAACUCCAGACAAGACAGCGGAGUACUUUGCUGCUGUUUGGGCGCUGCAUGCCAUCAGCAAGUUGGUCGCCAGCUGCAAUGAUGGAGCUAGGCGGAUGGAGAGGACAGAGCAGAUGUACACUAUCCAGAAACAGAUGGAUUUUGGUAAAAUCAAGCCGUUUCCUCUGGUGUCAUCAUCGCGGUGGCUGAAGAAGCGCGGGGAGCUGGCCAUCAGCCAUGAAGAGCUCAGCAUCUGGAGGGCUUUCAGCCAAAGGAGCUACUACCUGUUUCUCUUCAAUGACGUACUGAUCGUCACCAAGAAGAAAAGUGAGGAGAGUUUUGUGGUGAUGGACUACGCCACUCUGGAGAAUGUGGAGGUGGAGAUCGGGGAGGAUGGAGAAGAACGGAUGUCUCCGUCUGCCAAGAACAGCUCCAGCCACCAUCUCUCCUUCAGACUGCUGAUGAGCAAGAACAGUGAGGGGAGAGCCGAGCAUAUCUCCCUGGUGGCCGAGUCCAGGGUGGACCGUGCACGAUGGAUAGUUGCUCUCACAGAACACAAAGAGGAAGGUGUCUCCACUCCUACAGCUGGUCAGCCACAGUAUGAGGCCACCAAAGCCUACAUGCCAAAGGAGCCGGAUGAACUGGGGCUGCAACAGGCUGAGCUUGUCAUCGUCCUGCAGAAAGAGGAAGCCUGGUGCUAUGGAGAGAGAAUGCGAGAUGGAGAGAGAGGCUGGUUUCCUGCUAGCUGUGCCACAGAGAUCACCAACCCCACCGCCAUGGAGAACAACGUGCAACGUAUGAAGCGUCUGCGCAAAGAGACCAACGUCUGAGUGACCCUUUAAUGGCUGUACAAAAUAGAAGAAGCACCUUCUGACAGAUUGUGCAUGCUCAUUAAUUUUCUGUUUUUGUUGAGACCGCAUUUCCGAUGAAUCAUACUGAACACAGGAAAGCCAUUAAUCACUGUAGCAAUGGUCCAGAAGUCCAUUACCAACAGACUGAUGUUUAGCAGGAUAUAAUAAGCCUCAGAAAUGGCCAUUAAUGCUGUUUUGGUGUCCCAGUGGUCCAAGAUGAAUACAGUGAAACCACAAGGUUCAAAUCCAGUGUUCGUGUUUCUCUUUAGAUUCUCUCAAAACCCAUCAUUUUAAAUUUUAAAGUUAAAUCUCAACAAAAAUGAUUUGUUGCAGAGCAUUGUACGUAAAGAUGUUUUUGUCCACCUAUAUGUACAGACAUUUGCAAUAGCAGGAUUUACGGGCCAACAGUGGGCUUUUUAGUCCACCUCUCUUUAUUAGUAUGAAUGUAGAUUUAAACCUACUUGCUGAAGCAAAUAAUGAACCUCAUGCAGCCUUGGGUUUAAUAAAAGAAAACAGAGGCUACAAAACUUUAUAUUAUCUACAUACUCUAUAGUAUAAGAAGUUGCAUGCAAAAAGUGUAGGUGUAUUACCUACACUUUGAUUUCAUGAGUCUUUGUGUCAAAUAUGCUGUGCAGGGUUUCUUAUCCUUGAUUUAAAAAAAUGUGACCACAGAACUACCAGCUUUGGUAAAACUUGCCAUUUUAAAUGCAGUUUGACAUACUGUUGAAUUCGGGUGAUAGGUUACUGCAUCAUACACGUUAUAUUUGUCUAAAUACAAAUAUAUUCAUAUCUGAAUGAAAAGACACCAACUUUAUUGUAUACCAUGUAUCAAAGACACUUUCUAUGGUUUGAAUCAUUGUUCAGAGCCCAUAUACUUGAAAAAUAAAGCCAACACUUGAGACAUUUCUCCUGGUUUCUGGACUUUUAUUUGAGCUUGCAUUUUGUUAAAAUGUUUGAAUACAUAAAAAGUUAUUUAAAAAUGUCAAA